GAGUGCCACCUGGGGGUUGGUGGUUAACUUCCUGAUGGGGAAGGAAGUGGAUAAAAGAGGCAGGAAGUGGAGGGAAAGGCCAGCUGUAACCUAUUGAGGCUGGGUGAUGAGGUGAGCCUCAUGUCAAGGGUGAGCUUGUGUGGCCGCACAGGAUUUUAGAGGGCAGUGCACUACGGUUUCUGCGUAUGAGGGAUAUCAAUACGCCAGUUGCCGGACGGCUAAUGCCACUGUUUCCUGCUGUCCUAAAUUUGUUUAGUUUUUUUCCUUUUGCAGUAGUUAGUUCCACUUGAGUGGGGUGCUUGUGAUAGCAAAGACAUAGUUGUACAGUGGACUAACUACUGCCUUAUUUUUGUUUUUUGUUGUUUUGUUUGGGCUACUCCCUCGUCUCAGCAUAAUAUAGUAGGUCAUCACACAGCUCAGUUCCUGGGCUCCGUAAAACCGGUGUGAAUUUGAGGUGUCUUCACGUGUGAGGAUUUGUAGUGAAAACUUCUUCCGUGUGCUGUGAUGUGUCAUUUCUAGGGUUUAUGGUUAUGGGGUUAUGCCUAGAACUGUAGGGUGUGUGACUAGCCUGAAUGAAGCUGCUGAGGAGUUCCUCUGCUUUUGUUAAUAAAAUCUUUCUGCUGAUUUGAAGCUUCCGAGGUGUUAUUGACACUUGAGUAGUAGGACCUGUUACAUUUUGGCGUCACGAACAGGAUAGGGGAGUGCCCAACAUUUUUUUGUUUGUUUUGUUUUGUUUGUUGGGUUUUUUUGGGAUAAUUUUGUGAGGACAGCAGGAGCAGUGGUUGGGGUUUCAACGUGGUGACAGUAGACUUCGAGACAUCCAAGGGGGAAGUAUGGAGGACGACGAGAAACAAACCAUGGCCCGACGUAUAAAAGAGUUGGAAAAGGAACUGAGUGAUUUGAGAACAGAGGAAGCUCCCUCAACUUCAGGGGGAGCCAUGGGACAGAAUCCGGGAGUGAUGGCGAGAGCUGACUCAGUGGUCUAUGUGCAACAGGACAGAAAGCUGCCCACCUUCUCAGGAAAACUGGACAGUACUGACUCAUUGACAUUAGAUGAGUGGAUUGAUCAGAUGAGAAGUUUUGUGCAAACAAGGGGUAGGACUGAGAGAGAGCAAGCUCAAAUGGUGUUUGAUCACUUGGAAGGAGCAGCCCGCACAGAAAUUAAAUUUCUGCCACCUGAUCACCGUGAAAAUGUUCAGAAAAUCUUUGAUGCCCUUACGGAGGUGUAUGGCUGUCAUCAUUCUCGUAUCCUAUUGCAGCGCAAGUUUUUCAAUCGUAAACAGUAUGAGGGGGAAUCUUUGGUUGAGUAUUCUCACUCACUAAUGGAUUUAAUGGAACAGAUUAUGAAAACUGACAAUCAGGCUGCAAGUAAGGCCUCAAAAGAUCUCCGGGAUCAAUUUUGUGAGGGUGUGAGAAACCCGGCCCUAAGGAUGAGGUUGAAAGAUCUGGUUAAUGCUAAUUCACAAUGGACUGUUCGAGAGGUGAGAGCUGAAGCUACUAGGUGGAUGGCACAACAAGAGAGCCAGCCAUUUGGGCGACGUUAUGACCAGUCCCCUUCAGUUUCUAACGAAAUGCAGGCUUCUUGUGAAACCAUGGGUUCCAGUUUUUCUGAAUAUGCAGAACUAACAUCAUUGUUAAAAGCACAGCAGACACAGCUUGAGCUGGUUAUUAAAGCAUUAACCUCAAAUAGUUUGUCUACCCCUAGUAUUCGUGCCACUCGACCUCGAAGAACAGUAGAUGGUCAGCCGGUGUGCUUCAGAUGUGAAAAAGUGGGGCAUAUAGCUAGAUUCUGCCCCGCAGUAGCUGCCUCUGGGAAAAGUAAGCAGGGGAGGGGAAGUGAAGGCUCUGGUUCUGAUGCACCAAGGCCAGCGGAAAACUAGAACCCGCCAGUGUGCAGAGCCACACACUGGUGGGGGGAGUACAAGGCUCUGAGAACAGGGAUGAGUCAGAUAUUGGUCGGAUGGUGGGGGAAUGCUUGGAGGGGAACAUUGAUUUGGGAGGGGUAAACAUUUCA